AUGUCUGGACGUGGCAAAGGCGGCAAAGGACUCGGAAAAGGCGGCGCCAAGCGGCACCGCAAGGUCCUGCGAGAUAACAUACAGGGCAUCACAAAGCCGGCCAUCCGGCGCUUGGCUCGGCGAGGCGGUGUCAAGCGCAUCUCCGGGCUCAUCUACGAGGAGACUCGCGGUGUUCUCAAGGUGUUUCUGGAGAACGUGAUCCGCGACGCUGUCACCUACACUGAGCACGCCAAGCGCAAGACGGUCACGGCCAUGGAUGUGGUCUACGCACUCAAGCGCCAGGGCCGCACUCUGUAUGGCUUUGGAGGCUGAGCGCAGCCACAUGCUCUAGGCCAUCUUGGUCUCUUGGCAGCCUCCUCCCCAACUCAAAGGCCCUUUUCAGGGCCCCCAAAGCAUCAAGGAGGAGCUGGGGCACUUGCAAUGGGGCUGGGGGGCGGGCCCUGAGGUCGGGCUGUGUUAGGGAAUGAGCGCUGGUGCUCUGC